UUCUUGCCUCCCUGAGAUACACGUGUGAGGCGUAGUUCGGACCAGAAGGAAAUUACAUCAACUAAACUCUACCUUUAACAUAAUCUGCCUUGUACGUUUAGUUUAAUAUCUUCUUGGACUGUCCCGGCACCACAGCAAACAUGGUGAAGCCAAAGUACAAGGGGAAGAGCUCGAUAAACCCCUCCACGUCCAGCAGCAACCCCGACCGGGUGAAAGGGGCUGGAGGGAACAAUAUGAGGGACAGAGCCACUAUCAAGCGUCUGAACAUGUACAGACAGAAGCAGAGAUGUGAUAAACAUGGAAAAGUUAUCAAGCCUUUGCAGUACCAAUCCACAGUAGCCCCAGGAACUGUUGCCAGAGUUGAACCCAACAUCAAGUGGUUUGCAAAUACACGAGUAAUAAAACAGUCCUCACUACAGAAGUUUCAAGACGAGAUGGGAGCGAUCCAGAAAGACCCAUAUCGUGUGGUGAUGAGACAGAGCAAACUGCCCAUGUCCCUCUUACAUGACCGCGUCAAAGCUCAUAAUUCCAGGGUGCAUAUUUUGGACACAGAAGGUUUUGAGACCACAUUUGGACCCAAAGCUCAGAGGAAGAAGCCGAACCUGAUGGUUGAUGAUAUGAAGAACCUAGUGGAGCAGGCAGAAGCUUCAGUUCUGAGCUACAAUGCAGACAAUGACAAAGACCUGGUCACAGAGGACUCUGGGGUCCGGAAUGAAGCACGAGAAGAAAUAUUCAAGAAAGGACAGUCCAAAAGAAUCUGGGGAGAACUCUACAAGGUUAUUGACUCAUCUGAUGUCAUUAUCCAAGUCCUGGAUGCUCGUGACCCCAUGGGAACUCGUUCCAAAAGUAUAGAGACUUAUCUGAAGAAAGAGAAACCCUGGAAACAUCUCAUUUUUGUGCUUAAUAAAUGUGACCUCAUACCCACCUGGGUUACGAAACGAUGGGUAGCUGUCUUGUCGCAGGAAUAUCCCACUUUGGCUUUCCAUGCCAGUCUCACGAACUCUUUUGGUAAAGGCUCACUCAUCCAGUUGCUCAGGCAGUUCGGAAAGCUCCACACAGACAAGAAACAGAUAAGUGUAGGUUUCAUUGGAUACCCCAAUGUGGGAAAGAGCUCAGUCAUCAACACACUGAGGUCAAAGAAGGUCUGCAACGUGGCCCCCCUGGCAGGAGAGACCAAGGUGUGGCAGUACAUUACGCUGAUGCGGCGGAUCUUCCUCAUCGACUGUCCUGGAGUUGUGUAUCCCUCAGAAGACAGUGAAACAGACAUUGUGCUCAAAGGAGUGGUUCAGGUGGAAAAGAUUAAAAACCCAGAGGAGCACAUUGGGGCAGUAUUAGAGCGAGCCAAGCCAGAAUACAUCCAGAAGACCUAUCGUAUCCCCACAUGGAACUCCGCAGAGGACUUCCUGGAGAAAUUGGCUCAACGUACAGGAAAACUAUUAAAGGGCGGAGAGCCUGAUCUCAGCACGGUGUCCAAAAUGGUGCUCAAUGAUUGGCAGAGAGGACGGAUCCCAUUUUUUGUGAAACCUCCUGGACCAGAGGGAAACGAGGAGGAUAAUAAACCAACUGAAGGGCCACCAGACACAGUGACCAGCAUGCAGGAGGAACAAUUGGACAGUGGAGAAGCUGUACCAGAUGAACUGGCUAAACUGGAGCAAAAGAAGAAGGAAGAAGUCCAAAAGAUGCUAGCUAACGUACGGCAAAACUUCGGUAAAAUCAACGUUGCUCCUGAAUUCAACGAGGAGGACCUGGUUCCUGUGGAGAUGCCAGAUCUGGACAUAGGCGACUUCUCUGGCUCAGAGUGUGGUGAAGAGGAGGAAGAGAGUGAGGAGGAAGCAGAGGAUGAAGAGGGCAACAAGGCAAAACCCAGCAACGGAGAAGUGGAGGAAUCAUCUACCACAGAGCCUAGCAACAAGGGGUCACGUGAGAUCAUCCGAGAGCUGGACGAAAAAAUUGCAAAAUACAAACAAUUCCUGGACCGGGCCAAAUCCAAGCGCUUCUCGGCAAUCCGGAUACCCAAGGCCCUCUCUGACAAGGCUUUAGCGGACAUGAAGAAAAAACAAGAAGCAGCCGAAGCAGCAAAGCAAGCACAGAGAAGAGAACGAAAUAACAAGAAGAGGAAAGCAGAUGAUGACGAGCCUGCUCAAGCCCCCAGACUGACAUCAAAACAGAAAAGAGCAAUAGAACGGGCGAAGAAGGAUAAGAAAGUGGGUGUGCGCUAUUAUGAAACACACAAUGUGAAAAACAAGAACAAAAACCGAAAGAAGCCAGCAUCUGCUACAGAAGGCCAUAAAGCCAAGAGAUCAAAGCACUAGACUGGAUAAUAUACGACACAACUAAUAAAUCUUUAUUUAAUUCUGCUCUGGAAUUUUAACUGGUUGAGACAAGGGUCUACAUGAUGCCUUAAUUUCUCUGUUAUCAUUUACAGAGGCAAAGGCUGGGAGCUGUUAUUGACUUGUCUUUUACCCUGGCAAACCUUCUGCUGGUUUGAAAGUGUAUUCCAGUUUACAGUAUUUAAAUCUUACUGUAACACCAUAAUGUGCAGUUGUUGCUAAAACUGUAUUUGAUUUCAUAUUUGAUAAUGAAUGGUAACAAAAAAAUAAAAGAUGAUUAUUUCGUA